AUGGCUACGGCGGGGAAAAUACGAAGGCAGACGAAAAAUACAAUCGAGUGGACAAGCUUGUUUCAGAAUGAAGUGGACACACAAGAGCAUUCUCUGGUCUUCGUGAAGCGAAUGAUGGCCCUGGCGGUGUCCUCCAUCACCUACCUGAGAGGAAUAUUUCCAGAGGACGCCUACAGAUCACGCUAUCUGGAAGAUUUGUGUAUUAAACUUUUAAGAGAGGAUAGCUCAUUUCCUGGAGCUUCCAAAAUUGUGAAAUGGAUGAUGGGGUGUUUCCAUGCUUUAGAGAAAGGAUAUCUACAGAUAGUGUUCAUUGGGGUGCACACCGAUCCAGAUGAGCCAAAUCGAAUCAUUGAGUCAUACCAGUUUAGAUUCAAAUACACGGCAGAGGGACCGCAGAUGGAAGUGUUGAGGAACCAGACUGUUGAGACGCGGAUAACGAUGGAGGACACGAAGAAAGCAUCGAUCCUCCUGAUCCGAAAGCUGUUUCUGCUCAUGCAGAAUCUGGACGCCCUUCCCCCUGACGUCUCCCUUACAAUGAAACUCUAUUACUACGACAGUGUGACACCUCCAGACUACGAGCCCCCGGGCUUCAGGCCAGGCGUGUGUGACACCCUGUGGUUCGAGGGGACAGCGGUCCAUUUUAAGGUGGGGGACGUGCAGACCCCCUUUCACGCCAUGAAGGUGCAGGUGGCAGCGGAGCAGGACCGAGUGGCCAAACUGCAGCAGGGGAACCACGUGCGGGACAGCACUCAGAGCUCGGCCCAGAGGGAGCCUCCGAGGCUACCACACAGACCAGCGGGCAUUGAUGCAUGCAAGAAUGAGGGCCUACCAUCGGAGGAUGAGUCUGCACAGUUCAAGACACCAAAGAGAGCAAGAGCAAAGGGGAAGACGCGGCUCUCUAAAUGUGCUAAGCGCAAACGGAAGAGAGAAGAAUGA